AAUCAAAGCCAAGUGUCAGCCUCUUAAAAAUUCUUUAACACCUUUCAAAAUUCUAACCUUUCAUAGUUUCUCCUGUCCCAAAAGUGUCCAAAAAGCCACAGAAAGACCAAAUCUUAAAGAAUACAUAUCACAGACAACACACAAAAAUCUUCUAUAACUCCUCAUUUUCCCCCAAAACACACACACACACACACACACACACACACACCAAUGGCUACUGCUUCCUUCACUCUCUCAAAACUCCUACUAAAAUCCACAACCCCAAAGCCCCUUUCCCUUUUUACCCCUAAAAAAUCGAAUCUUUUCUCCUCUUCUUCCCAAUUUGCCCCCCUGUCUCUCAAACUCAAACAACCCUUCCACCAUUUACAAUCUCUAAAACACUCCACAACCACCACUCCAAGAAUCACAGCCACCAUCGCUGUUGGCGACAAACUUCCCAAUUCAACACUCUCAUACUUGGAUUCAUCCGAUGAACUCAAAACCCUUUCAAUAUCUGACCUCACUAAGGGCAAAAAAACCAUUCUUUUUGCUGUCCCAGGUGCAUUUACACCUACUUGUUCACAAAAACACCUUCCGGGAUUCGUGGAGAAAUCUAAGGAACUUAAGGCCAAAGGGGUUGACAACAUUGCUUGUAUUUCGGUUAAUGAUGCAUUUGUGAUGAAAUCUUGGAAGGACAAUUUGGGCAUUAAUGAUGAGGUGAUGAUGUUGAGUGAUGGGAAUAUGGAGUUUACUAAGGCUAUUGGGUGUGAACUUGACCUUAGUGAUAAGCCUGUUGGGCUUGGUGUUAGGUCUAGAAGAUAUUCUAUGCUUGUUGAAGAUGGAGUUGUUAAAAUCUUGAAUUUAGAGGAAGGUGGAGCUUUCACUGUUAGCAGCGCUGAGGAUAUCCUCAAGGCUCUUUAGAGGUUUUCGUUUCUUUUUGUUAAUUAUGAUCAUGAGGCUAAAUCUUGUUUAGUUGCUACUUGUCUUAUGGUGAAUUACUGAAUAAUACCCUUGUUUUUUUCUUUUUUUUUCUUUUUCUGAUAAGUACUGAAUAAUACCCUUGUUUUUGGAGAUUGUGAAGCUUAGCUUAUAAAUCUGGUCUAGAAUGUUUCCUCUUUUA